ACAAGAUUGGCAAUGUGGUUUUCUAUCAUUGUGCUUUGUUUACUGCUUGUUCAAUCUCAUGAUUCCAGGUUCCCAUCUUACCCUUAUGUUAGUCAUACUCAACGUUUCAUAAACUUGACAUGCAAUGGUCCAUGGCCAUGGUUCAAAUUAUUAAUUGGUUGAAUGUGACAUGGGCAAAGUACUUUAAUGAGGUUUUAUUGGAAGUGUCCAAGAUAAUUAAUUGGUUGAAUGUGACAUGCAAUGGUCUAUGGCCAUAGAAUUCAAAGGUGUGCAAAUUUCAGAAUGUAGAGGUGUUCAUGUUAUAUAUCUUGGCAUACUGUAUAGAAUUUAGAUCACACGUGAUGCAUUUUUUCUUCAUUCUAUAUUACCAAGUUAGUUGUAACUGUAGGUUUGUGCCAUCAAAGUUCCUGGUUUUGGAGAAGACAGGAGCAAACUUGCAAGAUCUAGCCAUUCUUACAAUAGGAGAGGUUAUCUCUGAAGAUCAUGGCAUGAACAUGCUUACCUCCAAACCAAGAGUCCAUGAAACUUUGAGGAAGCGCGAUCUUACAAAAGCUCUUGUAAUGAAAGAGCUGGUGUGGUUUGUGCCAUGAUUAGAAGCUUACAAUAGCAUUCAAAAAUGACAUUUCUGCAUAGUAAGCAAAUGAAGAAACAUAUUACAAUCUGAUCUUUCUUCUAUCAAUUCUAUUAAUUGAUAAUGCAUACAUAAACUCCAAUACUUCUAUCUUCAAUGCAUGUAGACCGUUACAGUCUAAAGCUGCUGAAAUUUAAUGUCAUCUCAGGCCUCACCAUUGCAAGCCUGUCAAUCCCACAGGUACUUUCUUUU